AUGUACUCUGGUAAGGUCUUGCUUAUUUCCUCUGUCUUCUUUGUCGUCUGUUCAUCUCAAGAUAGGCCACCAGUCGUAGAGCUUCCUGUCCAACCAUCCCCAGGAGAUUCCAAGAGACUAACUGGCAAAGCGCUAGUGGACUAUGUGAACAGCCGCCAAUCGCUUUUCGAGGCCGAGUACUCUCCAGAAGCAGAACAUCGUCUGGGACAUUUGAUGAAGUUGGACUUUAUUAAAAAUGCUCGUAAACGAUAUAAUAUUCCAAAAGUUGAGAAGUCACCCGACAAUGUUCAAAUUCCAGAAAGGUAG